CGCGGGAACAAACCCAAACUUCCUGCUCCGCUGCAGGACGACCUUCCUGUUCCUGAAAACUAAACGGCACCAACAUGGCGACCCUCCUCCGCAGGCUGACGGCCCUCCGCUGCUCGUCGAGGCCGGGGACCGGAGCGAUUCUGCGGGCAGCGCGCGGCCGACCGUCCGCUCCGGUACCCCGGGACGCGCCGCCGCCGCUGGCCGGCCACGGCCGCGCUCUGACGGCGGGGCUGCACACGACGGCGGCCGAGCCGGUCCAGGUGGACGUAAAGCGGUUAGAGGGGGAGGACGAUGGCAUCGUGGAGGUGUUGCUGUGCCGACACAAGGCGAGAAACGCUCUGGGCUAUGUGUUCGUGUCACAGCUGAGGAACCUGGUGUCCGCUCUGUCCCGCGACUCGGUGACUAAAGUGGUCGUGUUCCGGAGUUUGGUGCCAGGUGUUUUCUGUGCAGGCGCCGACCUGAAAGAGAGGGUCGGGAUGAACCCCGCCGAGUCCGACCUGUUCGUUCACGGCCUGCGAACCCUCAUGACGGAGAUCGCAUCGUUGCCCAUGCCGACCAUCGCAGCGAUGGACGGCGCCGCCCUGGGAGGCGGGCUGGAGCUGGCCAUGGCCUGUGACCUCCGCACUGCCGCGUACAGCGCACAGAUGGGUCUGAUUGAGACGACGCGGGGGCUGCUCCCAGGGGCGGGGGGCAGUCAGCGGCUGCCGCGUGCCGUCGGCCUGGCGAUGGCCAAAGAGCUCAUCUUCACAGGUAAGCGGUUGGGGGGGCAGGCGGCUCUGGACAUCGGGCUCGUGAACCGAGCCGUGGAACAGAACCAGAACGGAGACGCUGCUCACGGAGAAGCUCUCAGCCUCGCCCGAGAGAUCCUACCACAGGCUCCCGUCGCCGUGCGGCUGGCGAAGGAGGCGAUGAACAGAGGCAUAGAGCUCGACAUAAAUGCAGCGAUGGGCGUAGAGAGGAUGUGUUACGUUCGGGUCAUCAACACACGGGACAGAAAGGAGGGCAUGGCCGCCUUCCUGGAGAAGAGACCCCCGCGCUUCACCGGGGAGUGAACUCAUUUACCCUCAUAACAAUUAACACCCAUUGAUUUGGUGUCGGUACACCGGUAGAGGUCAGUGGAGGUCGCUGGAGGUCAGAGGUCGGUGUUUGGUCAUGUGACGUUCAGGAGCCGACUGGCGGAGGUAGAACUUCAUGGAGGCGCAUUUCUGCCUCGGAUAACAAAAAAAAAGGGGGAGGGGGUCAUUGAGAGAAAUAACAUCUGAAAAUAGAGAAACGUUCUCAAAAUAACAAGAAGUCUUACAUUUAGAAAACUCUCUUUUUAGAUACCAAGUCCAGAAUAUUUUUGAGAGCUCAUUAUUUUGAGAUGCUAACUCAUUAUUGUGACGGAUUCCCUUUCUUUCAUCCCAGUUCUCAGGAAUCUGCUCCCAUCGUUUAAUUUAAUCCAAAUUCUAGAGGAGAAAGGUUCUAGCACCUUGAACUCGUAUCUCACGUCUCCAUGUUCCUCUUUGUAAUAAAGACGUAACGCACA